AUGGAGCGAGGGCUGCUGCAGUUUGUGCUGCAGCAGCAGCGGGACCAGCAGCUGAAAGCAGCAGCAGCAGCAGCAGCAGCUGGCCGCCCCACAAAAGACCUACAGCAGCUAAAAAGAGAAACAGCAGAGCAGCAAGACAAACAACUCGAAAAGCUCAGAUCUUGUCUUUCUUACUGCCGUCUCAUUGGCUGCAGAAGAAAAUAUCUGCUGCAGCAGUUCGGCGAGGCAUAUACCCCCGCUGCUGCUGCUGCUGCUGCUGCUGCUGCUGCUGGUGCUGCUGCUGGUGCUGCUGCAGCAGCAGCAGCAACAGGAGCAGCAGGAGGAGGCCCCGGCCGUUGCUGCGACAGUGCUGCUGCAGCAGCAGCAGCAACAGGAGCAGCAGGAGGAGGCCCCGGCCGUUGCUGCGACAACUGCAGCGACCCCGCAGCAGCACUACGCCGCUCCGUACUCCUAAACAAGCUGGAGGCCUCUGUUGCUGCUGCACCCUCAACCAGGAGGGGCCCCUGGGAUGACGCUGCUGACAUGCCGUUGGCCCCCCUCGAGAUUGAGCGGCAAGGGGAGCCAGAUGAGGGCUGGAGGGGCCCCAGGGGGGGCCCCAGGGGGGCCCCCAGGGGGCCCCGGUGGGGGGGAGAUGGGGGCAGACAAGGGGGGGGGAGAGUCGUAUACAAAAACCCCACAGCAGCAACAGCCAGACAAACCAUCCCCGAUAGCAUUCGUAAGAAGGGGCUUUCUGCUGUUAUGCUGGAGCUGGAGAAGCGCGAGCGGCAGCAAGAGAACCGCAGCAGCAGCAAGAAAACCCCUCAAGACGCUGGGCCUCUGCCGCCCUCUCGGGCUGCAGCGGAGUCGAGAAAACCCCUCAAGACGCUGGGCCUCUGCCGCCCUCUCGGGCUGCAGCGGAGAGAAAACCCCUCAAGACGCUGGGCCUCUGCCGCCCUCUCGGGCUGCAGCGAGAAAACCCCUCAAGACGCUGGGCCUCUGCCGCCCUCUCGGGCUGCAGCGGCAGCAGCAGCAGCAGCAGCUACAGCAACAGCAACAGCAGCAAGAAACACCAUGCGCUGUUCGCUGAAUUCCGAGCCGCCAAGGCAGCAGCAGCAGCAGCAGCAGCAGCAUCAGCAACGGCAGCAGUAA